AUGCCGAAUCCUUGUCAAUCUCACCCCUCUAGGAUUGUGGUCAACCAUACACCCCCCACUCUCUCAUCCCCUUCCUCCGAAGCUUCGUCCUGCAAGAGACCUAGACUCAACGUCAGCACGGAUGCAGAAUCAUCAAAAUCAGGUGGUCGGAGGAAUCGAACAGGUAACACUCCUGUUACCGACAAUACCAUCACAGAGAAUCAUACGGGACAUAGAGAAAGUGAGAACGAGGAUGACGACUGGGUGGAUUGGGAUAUCUUCAGUGGAAGUGAUAAGAGUUGGGAGGAUACGGGCGGUCUAGAUAUAGAGAGAACGGGACACGCCAAUAGUGGUGAUAGCAUCGAUGAAGAGCGUACCGAGGAAUAUGAAGUUAGAGCUAGAGAGAAAGGAAGGAAAGAGAUGGAAAUGAUCGAAGUGAUCACGAGCAAACAACAAAGAACAGUCAAUCAUGUUGACGACGAAGAAGGGAAUGAUGAACGUAGGCCGAAGAGUGAUCCCUUCAAGGAUGGAAAUCACGGGAAGAAUAGAACUAGCACGAAGAAACCUGUAGGACGUGCUUAUCCUCGACCCCUUCCAGCUGCUGUCAUCGAAGCUAGAAAACGCUAUGCAGAGCUAAUGAAGGAAAAAAAGGAGCGGGCGAAGAAGAAUUAG